CUUGGACAUCUGAAGCUCGGACACUGUCGUCGCGACGCAAGGAACAGUGCAACGAGCCGAGAUCUCGGCAGAUACCACCGGAAGGCGUGGGUGGAUCUGGAUAUAAGACGCAGAUGCUCGUCCUGCUUGCUUCCCACGACGUCAGUUUAGUGUCCCAACACUCAUUUCUAGCACCUUACCUCACCUCACCCCCCUUUACAAGUCACUGCUCUCUCGCCCACUAUGACCCGCCCCAUCCUCGUCACAGGCGCUACAGGCAAACAAGGCGGCGCCGUCGUUCAAGCGCUCCUGGCCAAGCCCGACGACAUGGUCGUGCUGGCCGUAACGCGCAACCCCGACUCUGCCGCGGCGCAGAAGCUCGCCGCGCGCGGCGUCAAGCUCGUCAAAGGCGACCUCGACGACGUGCCCGCGCUCUUCGAUGCGGCGCGCGCCGCCUCGCCCACAGGCACGGUAUGGGGCGUCUUCUCCGUGCAACCCACCAGCCUGAACACGGAUCCCGUGAACCUCGCGUCCAACCCCGAGGUGAAGCAGGGCGUUGCGCUGAUCGACGAAGCGCUGCGUGCCGGCGUGACGCACUUUGUCUACUCGUCCGUCGACCGCGGCGGCGACCAGAGCUGGGACACGAUGACGGACGUGCCCCACUUCCGCACCAAAGCGUUCAUCGAGGCGCACUUGCGCGACGCGACGAAAGACUCGAAAAUGAGCUGGAGCAUCCUCCGCCCCGCCAUCUUCUUCGAGAACAUGACGCCGGACCUGACGGGCCGCGUCGUGCUCACGUCCGUGCGCGACGUCAUGCGCAAACCCAUGCCGUGGGUCGCGACGGAGGAUAUUGGUUUCUUCGCCGCGCUCCAGAUGCGCGAGCACGCAAAGUGGGCCGGCAAAGCGCUCUCGCUCGGCGGCGAGCCGAUUGCGUGGACCGACAUCGACCGUGUGUUCAGGAACGUUACGGGCGCCCCGCCGCCCACGACGUACAGCUUCAUCGCGGCCGGCAUGCGCUGGGCACUCGCGGACCUCGGCAAGAUGUUCGCGUGGUUCAACGACGGCGGGUAUCGCACAGACAGCGCGGAGCUCAAGCGCCUGCAUCCCGGCAUGAUGGAUCUCGAGCAGUGGCUGCGCACGCGCAGCGCAUGGAAGACCGAGAGCAAGAAGGAGAGCUCGUAGGAGCACAGGUGCGGAGUAUACGCUCGUAGACUAGUUGUCAUGUAUGAUAUCUCGCCAUCGGAGGGACCGAUGGCUCCUGGGAA